UGCAACGACGACGACUACGUGGGCAUCGAUCAGGGCUCGCAGGAGGGCUCGGGCGCCGGCGAAGACCGUUUCUGCGGCGGAAGGCUUUUCUACAACAAUGUCGUCAUUUCGCGCUCCAAACCCUUCCAACUGAAGGUGCGCUCAAACAGCGAUCAGACGGAAAACAACAAUCACGGACAGCACGGCUUUGCGUUGCGUUACGUGCAGUUGCCGUGCGUUAACUGAUGGAUGCAUCGAUCAAUUUCCACACAAUUCUCGCAACACAUUCACAAAACGGCUUUCCUCUGCGUUCAACUGCCGAGUGUCCGAAGAAUAGCUAUUUAUUAUCAUUUGCCAACAUUUCCAACAUUUCUCGUUAUUUAAAGUCUACAUAACUAUUGAACUCUUUUCCUAUAUUCAGC